AUGAAGGCAGUGCUGGUUUUGUUGUGCACCCAUCUGUCGUCAAUCUUGUCGAUGCUCUCUAGAUCCUGUCACCUCGUCCGGCCAUUCCUAGCCUCCGUAUUUGCGCCAAAAACCCGUCAAUAUCAUCAACAUGGACUGACCGAGACGAGACGACACCACCCUCUCAAAGCCGUAUAUGAAACUGGAGAAGAACUGUUCUUAGGAACAUCCGACAGUAGAGGUAUUGGUGGAGUUGGCGUCCUCGUCAACACAAGUAUGGCAAAGAACAUCGACUCUUUCGAACAACUUACGACCCGAAUCGGACGUCUGCGGAUGAGAAGAUGUGGUCCAACACCAGCUUUGACUAUCUUCGUCGCUUACGCUCCAACAUCAAGCUACAAAGAAGAAGAAGUCGAAGCUCUCUAUAUGGACCUGGAGAAGUUCUACGGAGAAGAUCAUGUCUUCUACAAGGUCAUAAUUGGCGAUUUUAACGCCAAAGUUGGCCCAAAAAGAACGCGGAGGAACUUCACAUCGGGAUCCACGACCUACAAUGGAAUGACCAGGGGGAGAGGCUCUCCGAGUUCAUCAUAA